AUGCAUCAAAAGGUGUUCAUUUUUGCAGUUUCGCUUUUAGUUGCUUAUCUGGGCUGCGGAGAGGCGCACUUCUUCAAAAUGACAAAUGCAGUGUGCAAGUCCUACAACCAAUCGUGGGUGGUGGUGCAUUACUGCCGCCUGAAGGCCUAUUCCCGAACCAAGACUAGCUUGAAUAUAAAUGCCACGUUCAUAGAGCCAGCAAAUAAUAUAUCAGUGCAUGCGAAGAUGAUGAAGAGGGCCAAUGGGUAUAAGCCCUUUUUGAUUGACUUCACGAUCGACGCCUGCGAAUUCAUGCGAAGGCGUAAUCACCCGGUGGCCAAGAUCGUCUGGAAUAUGAUUAAGAAUGUGUCCACCAUCAACCACACGUGUCCUUAUGAGGGCCUGCAGAUGCUGAGCGAUUUUCACCACGUCGAAGUUCCUUUUCCACUGCCAUCAGGAGACUAUUUACUUUUGAUAGACUGGUUGUUCGAUGGCAAACCGCAGUUUGCCACGAAUGUAUACUUCACAUUUGUUGAGGACUUGUUACCGACCAGCUCGAAGCACAGAAGGAGCUCCCUGAGUUUUAGAACUGAUGUUUAG